AUUGAAGAAGAUGCAUGUUACUGAAAUACUGCAGUGAGUAAUGACAGUGGCUUAUUUUUUAACCAUUAUAAUGAGUAGCUUUUGAAUUACUUUCAAAAAUAAGUUUCCAAGUUCUACAUCUAGAACACAACUUUACAUGGCAAUUUUGUGAGGAAGAGAUAGAACUUGGAAAGAGCCUCAGGUUCACUCCCAGCUGUAUCCAGAUAAGGAGACAGCAGGGACUAGUAAUUCAAUCCUAGUCGUGACAGGUAUAAUCUGUCUCUAUGGUCAAGUGAGUAUUCUUUGAAGCAUUUGGUUCUCUCUGUGGGAAACAGGAUGCUGGACUAAAUGGACUUCAAUCCAGUUGUGUCUGGCUAAGACUGUUUUUCUUAGCAUGCUUUGGGACCAGUGAUACAAUUGUCAUGUCUAUAUUAAUUGCCUAUGUUAAUUUGUUCUCAUGAGUAAUGGUUAUUGUUUAUACCAUAGGGCAGACCUGUCUAAUCUGUACAAACAAAGGUACUCUAUUUGACGUAAAAGAGCUGGCUCAGCUGAUUUGAUUUGCUUGCCAGACAGAGGCUGAGAAGAAGUCUCCUGGCCUUCCACAGUUUGUGGCACCGGAAUAACCUUGUUUUGUAGCAUGACUUGUAAUUUGCUUAACCUCUUCUGACCUGCUUAUCAAGUAUGUUUUUGCCAAUUCCUGACUAAGCAUGAGUGGCUUGUUCUCCUGCAGCGUCACCUUACCUAGUCAGCACACUGCCUCUUGUUUGCUGACCUGGGUACCUGAUACUGGCUCUGUCUUUUCUGGAUGGAGCCAGGCUAUCCAUGCUAAAACCCACAGGUGUAGGUUUCUGAUUAGCUGGUUGCAGCAAGUCUUAUGGGAUUGAACCAAAUGAAACAAUAGCCCUCUCCCUUGGCGAAGAGACAGCUGGAGGAGGAUGUUGUGGAGGUUAAUUAGUUUUAAUAAGCCUUGAUUAUUACUUAACAUAGGUUUUUAUAAACCUAACUAACUCCCCAAGGCUCUUUGCCAAACAGUGUCUAUAUUUGCAGGAGGAAGGAGUACCUCAGUGUCGCAACUGAGCAACCUGCAAACAAGGGUUAACCCCAUAGAAAAUGGGAGCAGUUUGGAGCAGAUACUUUGUAGAACUGCAGCUGUUUACAGCCUUAUAGUUCUUGGGCAGUUUUGAAAAGCAGAGCCAUGUAGAACACCUUACAGAAAUUCAAACAGAGUAUAACUAAGGCAUGACCAUAGCUGACAUUUGCAGGGUGCAACUGGUGCACUAACUUGAACUGAGCAAAUGCACUCCUGGCUAGUGCAGAAACCUAGGCCUCCAGGCUUAGGGAUGAAUCCAAGAAUACAACCAAGCAAUAAAGCUGCACCUUCAAUGGGAGUGUAACUCCCAUUAAAUACAAGCUGUACCCCUAUUCCCUGAUCUGCCUUUCAUCUGAGCACCUUUGUCUUGCCUGGAUUAUGCUCCAAUUUGUUCAUCUUCAUACAGUGCUCUACUGCUGCCAGAGUUUAGCACAGAGACAAAUUUCUUGGGGUUUGAUGGAAGGGAGAAAUUGAGCUGGGGUGUCCUCAGCCUGUUGGUGACACCUGACUCCAGAACUCUGGACAACCUUUCUCAGCAGUUUCAUGUAUAUGCUAAACAGCAUGGGGGACAUCACAGAACGCUGUGAGAUCCCAGAGGCCAACAGCCAAGGGAUCAAACAGGAAUCCUGAAACACAACCUUUUGGGUCACUGUAGAACAGUAUUCCAAAGUCCCAUCCCAGAUGGUGGCCCAGAAGGUUGACAUCAUCGAAAACCACUGGGAAAUCCAACAAAAUCAAACAGACACAGACUCCCCAUGUCAAGUUCCUGCAAGGGACCAAUGCAAUUUCCGUCUUAUAACCAGGCAUAAAGUCAUACUGAAGGGGAACUAGACAAUCCAUCUCAUCCAGUGACCCUUGGGGCUGGUUGGAUGCCACAAGCUCUAGUACCUUUCCUAAAAAUGUAAUGUUGAAGACUGUCUGUUCAUUAUCCAGAAUAGUGGGAUCCAGGGAAAUCUUUCUCAAUAGUGGUCUUAAAACAGCCCCUAACUUUUUUAAAGAGCCAUUAACGCCUCCUUUUACCCACUCAGUUAAUCCUCCCCUGUCCUGUUUAAAAAGCCAAGAGAGGCAGGCGUCUAGAACACAUCCUCAGGAUAUACUGUACAAAUAGAAAAGUAUCCAUUAUCAGUGGACAAGCAGGGGCCACAGUUAUAUGCACCAAAUAUGUAUUAGCUGUAGCCACACAUCCAAGCAUUUUUAUCUGCAAAGUGCUGAGUAAAUUCUUCAUGGUAAACUGUUGAGUAGGACAGAUUCUCUUGUGGGCCAGGAUGUAAAAAAUCCUUUAGCACUUGGGUCAGCUCUGCCAGACAAUUCCUUGCAGAUCUAGCGGUGGCAGAGAGAACAAGUUUUAAUUGUUUAAUUUUUGUUUCCCCCUUUGCUGUGGCUCAAACAGGCUGUAGCCCACAUUCCUUCAGACUCUCUCUGAAAUUUUCACCAAUGAUGUUGUAAUUGCCAUCUCAUUCAUUUCAUCGCUGCUAACUUACGUCACUGAUAUCUGGUGCCGUGAGAGAAUAGAUUGUAACUGCAAGACUUCUAAGUAAUGUUUAUUUCUUAGUAGAGAAGUUGAAGAUAUUUGCUUCAGCUGUACUGUAAGUGGUUAUGUUAAUCAUACCAGGAUUAUGUUAAUCUUAUACCAAGAGUAGGCAAAGGGUUAAUUAUUUUAUUGUAUCUUAUUUUUGUUCUUUUCCAAAAUGCCUCCACCACUUUUGUUCUCCGUUUCUUCUACCUUGCUUGCUUUCUGGGGUCACACUGAAAUACGGUGUGUGUAUUUCAAGAUUUUUUCUCUCUGGUUACAUCAUACUGAAUUGACGGUGACGUGACAUAUCUGUGGGCAGACACAGGACUUAUUAAGUGAUAGGGAGCAUUAGAACAGGAAGCACAACAGCCACUGAACAUGGGAAGUGACUGGAGCUGAGCUGUAUGUGUUGAGCGCUGACAGAAGAAAAAGAGAAGAUUGCAUUUUAUCUUAAAAAGGAAGACAUCAAGGACAGAAGAAUAAAAAUUCCCCGACAGCAGGAAAGAGGCCCGACUUCUUUCAUCCCAGCGGAAGAGAUCCUACAAGAAGGAGCUGAAAGUGCCCAACGGCACCUCUUCAUCAAGGCCUUUGUUUCAACAGGCAGGGUGGAUAACAUUACCAUGGUGAUGGGGCUGCAUCCUGAGUACCUGACAAGCUUUUGGAAGACACAGUAUCUCCUGCUGCGGAUGGAUGGGCCCCUGCCAUAUCACAAGCGCCAUUACAUCGCGAUCAUGGCUGCUGCUAGACAUCAAUGUUCUUAUUUGGUUGGCUUCCACAUGGGGGAAUUCCUACAGAUGGGUGGGGAUUCAGAGUGGCUUCGUGGCUUACAAUAUGCCCCACAGAAACUGAGGAAUCUGAAUGAAAUCAACAAGAUUCUGGCCCAUCGGCCUUGGCUGGUUACCAAGGAACACAUUGAGGCACUCCUGAAAACUGGAGAGAACAGUUGGUCAUUGGCAGAACUCAUCCAAGCUCUGGUGCUCCUCACACAUUACCACUCGUUGGCCUCCUUCGUAUUUGGCUGCGGCAUCAAUCUGGAGACUGACCAGGAAGGAGCCCACGUCUUUCAGCCACCUUCUCCCCACAGCUGUGACAGCAGUCCAUCCUCAGAUGAGGGGAUGAACACUUCAAGUUUUUCCCAGGGCACAGACGCUAUAGAGGAAGUAGAAGUCCUGAUGGAAAGAAUGAAGUUUUUGCAGGAAUGCCAGCUGGAAGAAGAAGAAGUUACCCCAGAGGAAAUGGAAACAUGCUUUGAGAUGGAAAAGAGAGAGAGCCUACUUGUUACGCCCUCUGGAGAUACUGUUGAACACUCCCUGCCUCCCAACGUCUUGUGCUUUGUGGAGGAUCCUGAGUUUGGAUACAAAGAUUUUACUAGAAGAGGAGAACAUACACCUCCAACGUUCCGAGCUCAGGACUACACCUGGGAAGAUCAUGGUUAUUCACUCAUCAACCGCCUUUAUCCUGAUGUGGGUCAGUUGCUUGAUGAGAAAUUCCAAGUGGUCUACAACUUAACGUAUAACACCAUCGCUAUGCACAGUGGGGUGGACACAUCCAUGCUCAGGAGGGCUAUCUGGAAUUAUGUUCACUGCGUCUUUGGUAUUCGAUACGAUGACUAUGAUUACAGGGAGGUGAACCAGCUUCUGGAGCGUAGCUUGAAAGUCUAUAUCAAAACUGUUGCUUGCUAUCCAGAGAAGACUACCAAGAGGAUGUACACUCACUUCUGGCGUCACUUCAAGCAUUCUGAGAAGGUGCACAUCAAUCUGCUCCUGCUGGAGGCUCGCAUGCAAGCUGCCCUGCUCUAUGCACUACGUGCCAUCACCCGCUACAUGACCUGACUGGAUGGUGCUCCCCUUUAUCCUUUCUGGGGAGACUAGCCUGAUGCACAGGAGAUCUUUCUCUCAAAAGACUUCUUUCUGGAAUGCUGAAUGGGGGUGGGAAUACUUUUUGUUGCCUCAUCCUUGCCUGUGGCUUUUUGGAGAGUCAUGUUAUGUGUUUUGAAGGGGAGUUGAUCACCUCCUGCCAAGAGGAAGAUUGUUGUGGGUCAGUUGUGAGGAAAGGGAUACCAAACUGUUUAGCCACAUGUGUUGAAUGCUGAUUUUGCCCAAGACUAGCCUCUUCCACUGAGACUCUGGAGUUAUUGGGUGCUUGCUCUUUGGUUGUUUAGGUUCUGCAACCAGUAAGCAAAUGGUUUCAAGGACUUAAUCUGGUAACUUGAAGACUUCCGAAGAACUGGUGUACCUUUGUUGGCCUGGCGUAUGCCCAAGCAUAUAGCCUCAGAGUCAUUUCGCUAUGGCCAAUGAAUGUUGAUUAGUGCAAUGAAUGUUGGAUCUCAUGGUUGUGUCCUUUCUGACAAAAGGUGCUGCUCAGCCAGCUGAAACAAAGACAGUCAACCAAAGGGAUCUCUCUGCUGUGACACGACACUGUUGUAUUUUCUUUUGCCUUUUUUUUUUUCCUUUGGGGUUCCUACUGACUGUGGGGCUCUGAAUGUAUGACUCUGAAUGUUCAA